AACUGCGAGCAUCUUCCGAGAACCAGACACCGGGACGCUCCAUCACACUGGGACGAUUUUUUUGUGUUGUUCUGCUUCUUGUUUUUACAUAUUUUGUGCAACAAACACUGGACCAUCAUUACCACCAUGAAGGAAAGGAGAAAUACACAGCCGCUCGUGGUGAGAUGUAAACUGGUUCUUGUGGGAGACGUUCAAUGCGGAAAAACGGCGAUGUUGCAAGUCCUGGCGAAGGAUUGUUAUCCAGAGACCUACGUGCCCACGGUAUUUGAAAACUACACAGCCUGUCUGGAGCUGGAGGAGCAGCGAGUGGAGCUCAGUCUGUGGGACACUUCAGGUUCUCCAUACUACGAUAACGUGAGGCCUCUCUGCUACAGUGACUCAGAUGCACACCACCAAUGA